AUGGAAUCCAAAUCAUCAUUAUUGCGCGCAGUUGUCUCCUGUCUGAUUCUUGCGGUGGCAAAUGGAUUUAUGACAACGACCAAGCCAAUCUGCAGCACAGCAGCGUCCACAGAAAAAUCGUUUGCUCUGAGGUCGGAACAACCAGAAUAUGGAAAAUCAUUGGAACUUCCAGAGACAUACGCCAAUUGCGGAAGGUGUGACUCAUCGUAUGCCAUGAAGCCGGAAGACUUGGGACAAGGCAAAGGACGCCGAUUGGAAUGCGGUGUAUGCGGACACUCUUGGUUUCAGUCUCGCGAUCGUCUCAUGACCAUGAACGAUGGUUUCGAAAUGGUUCCUCUCCCCGAAAUCCACCGAAAACGAAUUGAGACUAAUAUUGAAGAGGGAAAGAGUCCCAAGUUCGUUGGACAUGGCAAGCUUUACGUUGGAAACAUUUCGUUUUCGUGUACCGAGGACGACAUUUUAAAGACCUUUGCCGAAAUUGGAGAAGUUGGGGAUGUCUCCUUGGUGCGGGACGAAAUUGGCCGCAACCGCGGAUUUGGGUUUGUCACAAUGAGAAGCAAGGAGGAUGGCGAGAAGGCCAUGGCCACAUUGGAUGGAUUCGAUCUACAGGGAAGAAAUAUCGCAGGGGAAUUCCAAAAUGCCUUUGAUACCUAUAAGGCAGUCCAUCUCCCACUCUUUCUACAACAGAAUUUUCGCGCCAGAGACAAUAAUAAUGACAAUGAUGGGGCUUCCAAUAAUUUGUCUUGUUGUGACAGCAGCGAACCAAACACAUCAAAAGUCCCCUUCACCUGGAAAGAUUUGAAACAAGUCUUUGCUGACUUGCAGGAGGAAGAUAAAAAGUCAUGGUGCAUUGAAAAUGGGAAAGUACAUAAUGAUGGAAACAAAUGCGGCAGGAUAUCUCAUGACAACAACGACGGCGACGGCAAUGAUGAUAGCUCGAAACUUGAUGCAUAUGUCGGGGCUUUGAAUUUCUUGGAUCCAACUGACGUUUCAGAGGCCCAAACGAAAGACAAAGACUUUGCCUAUUGUUCCUUUCUCAUUCAGAACGACAACCGUGCCAAACAAAAAGCCUUGUCACGGUUUCCCCUUUCCACAUUACCCUUUGCCGCCGAUCAGUGGGGCUACGGACCCUCCAUUUGGGUCUUUUUUGGGCGCAAUCAAUUUGGAAAGGAAGAAAUGCAAGGCCGACCGGAACACACCGACUCGGUGAGUCACGACGGAACCUGGCACUAUCAGCUGUCGGGGAUAAAGAAGUGGCAUUUGCGGCCAACCAACAAACUUGUGGAGCACAUGAAAGAAAAGGGAGUCAUCGACUUUAUAGAAUUGGAUACAAUCCAAGUGGAUUGCAAUGCAGGUGAUGUAUUGGUGGUAAACACUGCUCUAUGGUGGCAUCAAACUAAGAUACCGCCACAACCUGAACCCUCCGUUUCGUAUGCUCGGGAUUUUUAUCUUGAUGCCAGCAAGAUGGAUUUUGCCGAUACUGAGGAAGAUGGCGGGGGGAUGACGAAUGUAGACGGUAUGUAUGCUUCCAAUGACGUGGGUGCAGGCACCAUUGUCUUUACGGAACACGAUAUGCCAGAUGGUGAACUUCAUCGCUCAGCCACUGCUCCGAAUUGUGAAGUCGUGGAGCUAGAAGAUGGCACUAAUGCUGUGGUGACAACGAAAGAUGUAGCCUGUGGUGACUUUUUUUGCAUUCCAGAGUCCGACAGCGAAGCAGAUGAUGAUGAUGAUAAUGAUGACGAAGGAGAGAUAGAGGGGGAGGAAGAAGAUGGUUGA